AUGGCUACAAGUGAAAGAAGAAUCUACUCUAUGGAAAGCAUGGCACCUGAAAUUUCUGAAGAUAUUGGCGUCUGUCUUCUAGCUUAUAUGAGAGAGAGUGUUUGUGUUUUACUAAUCAGCCAGUCAUUUUUUUCUUGUGUGGCUGAAAUGUACAUUCCAGACAUGAACAGGCCUGGUAAGGCAGAAUGGAGAGCCGAGAAGGGCCUGAGGCCUCCCAGGGAGCUGGCUGGGGAGACCAGAAGGCUGCAAAGCUGGCCAACGCUUGCCAGGUGGCUGUGGAGAGUCAGCUUCAGUCUCUACAAGCCGUCCAUCCAGGCAGCUCCUGAACCAGAUCCAGGCAACUGGGCCAAGUCCCCAAGGCUGUCUCUGGGACCAGAAGGUAUAACCAAAGGGAAGCAUGGAUUUAAAUUCCAGGGCAUAAAAGAAAAGUUCAAUGUAUCUAAGAACGUGCUGAAAAUGACUUUUUUUGUAAAUGUCUAA